CUGACAGGUGUGCUUUUCCUUCAAAAUUUUCUUUCGUACAGACAACAGACCUGAAAAACUAUAUACUGAAACACACGAAUUGAAAUUAGAAUUUAAUAAACCGUAAUUCAUUGAUAUGUAUUAAUGAAAUUAAUAAUACACUGAAACAAACUAUUCCUUAAUCUAAAACUUUUGACCAAUCAGAAAGCUUUUUACAUGUUACUAAACUUAAUGGAUCUUAGCAGUUUGAAAGCAGACUGAAAAUGGGUCUGGAUCAUGAAUAAAUGGAGAGAAAAACUCAGAGGGUAGUUCGUUCCCCCUCGUUGAAGAGGAGGAGUCGUAUUAUCCCAUUAAAUCAGCGUGUUCAACUUGAGCGUGUUAUUGGACUUACAGGAAGUUCUAAUGCUACCCUUGAUUGUGAUAUUAACACUGGAACUAUUGCCUAUCCUGCAGGAUGUGUGGUAGUGCUAUUAAAUGGGAAGAAACAAUCACAUAUAAUCAACUCUUGUAAAAAGACCAUCACAGCUGUCAAGUUCUCUAAAGAUGGCAAAAAUAUUGUCACAGGGGAGUGUGGUCAUCAACCUGCAGUACGUGUAUGGGAUGUGGAAGAAAAAAUACAAGUGGCCGAAUUCUAUGGACACAAGUUUGGCAUUAACUGUGUGGCAUUUUCUCCAAAUAACAAAUACAUAGUAUCAAUAGGAUCUCAGCAUGAUAUGAUGGCUGCAGUUUGGAACUGGAAAACUGGCAAUAAAGUGGCAACAAACAAAAUAUCUAGUAAAGUUAGUGCUGUAGCCUUCUCAGAAGAUGGUUCUAUGUUUGUUACAGUGGGCAAUAGACAUGUAAAAUUCUGGAACCUGGAGAGUAGUAAAUCUAAGAUAUUAAACGAGACAGUGCCAUUAUCAGGAAGGUCAGGCAUCUUGGGAGAAUUAAAGAAUAAUUUCUUUACUGAUGUUGUCUGUGGGAAGAACAAAUCUGUUUUCUGUAUAACACAGUCUGGUUAUUUAUGUAACUUUAAUGAAAAAAGAUUGCUGGAGAAAUGGGCAGAACUUAGGACAACGUGUGCCAAUUGUGUGACGGCUGCUGCUGACUUUAUAUUUAUUGGUUGUGCCAAUGGUGUUGUGAGAGUAUUUAGUGCCCAGAAUCUACAUUAUAUAGCCAAUCUACCACAUCCUCAUUAUUUAGGUGUAGACGUCGCAUCAGCUCUUAAUCCAAGUCAAAUGGUUAGCCAGAAGAAGGAUGCUAAGUAUCCCGAUACCAUUGGAAUAGUAUAUGAUGAUUGGAAUAAAAAGGUUACAUGUAUUUAUAAUGAUCAUAGUAUGUAUAUAUGGGAUGUCCAUGACGUGAAGAAGAUAGGAAAGUCAAGAAGUUUUCUGUUUCAUAGUUCUUUCAUUUACAGUUUAGAAACAAGUCUGCCUAUUACAGAAGAUCAGAAACAGAUUCUCCCACCAGGAUCAUUUAUCACAUGUUCUAGUGAUGAUACAGUCAGGAUCUGGAAUCUAGACCCUCAUAUGAAAGACAUGAACAAUUAUAAAAGGAAUAUAUUUUCACAGGAAUUACUGAAGGUUAUAUAUACUGACCCAUCAUUAAAUUACUUGCGAGAUGUAAAUUAUAAUCCUGCUGGAGGUACUGAUAAAACAGAUACAAAUUAUGAUGAUAAGAAUGGCAUUAGAUCUUUGUGUAUCAGCCCUGAUUCCAAACACUUGGCCUCUGGUGACAGAAUUGGUAAUAUAAGAAUACAUGAUUUAGAAACCUUACAAGAAAUAGCUACAAUAGAGGCCCAUGACCAGGAGGUGUUGUGUUUACAGUAUAGUAACUUUAAAUUAGGUCCAAAGUUGUUGGCAACCAGCAGUAGGGACAGAAUGCUACAUGUAUUUGAUGUAGAACAGAAUUAUAAACUGUUACAGACCCUAGAUGAUCAUUCAUCAUCAAUAACUGCUGUCAGAUUUACUCAGACGGAGAAACAAUUAAAGAUGCUCAGUUGUGGAGCAGACAAAUCACUACUCUUUAGAAAUGCUCAAAUGGAUCCAGACCUACAGUUCACUUUAGACCAACAUCUGGUGGGUAAAACAACAAUCUAUGAUAUGGUUAUUGACCCCACAGAGAAAUUUGCUGCUACAGCCUGUCAGGAUAGGAAUAUAAGGAUAUAUUCAAUAAAGACCUCCAAACAGAGGAAGAAUUACAAAGGAACCAUUGGAGAUGAUGGUGUCCUAAUGAAGUUAUCAUUAGAUCCCUCAGGAACUUAUUUUGCCACUAGUUGUACGGUUGAUAAGAGUAUCACCAUUAUUGACUAUGCCACGGGAGAAAUCCAAGCCUCCAUGAUCGGACAUGCAGAAACUAUCAGCAGUAUAAAGUUCACCAACAAUCUCAAACAUCUGAUUUCUGUAUCAGCUGAUGGGUGUAUAUUUGUAUGGAGAUUACCGCCAGAGAUGACGAACAUGAUGCAGAACAGAUUACAGGACCUGGGUAACAUGUAUCAGGAGGCUGAAGUAGCAACUAACAACAACAAUAAUGAAACUGCUAAACCAAGUAUACCUGCACCAGGAGAUUCAGAGUUUAAAACUCCUAGUAAGAUAUUAGCUGAGCUGAAUGAAUACAACCAAAAGCAGCAGCAGCAACCUACCAAACAACAUCCAGAACAACAGAAAGCUAAAGCUCCGUUAGACUACAGAUUUAGUAUUGGACAAUUACCUAAAUGGGCGAAAAACAAGUUUGGAAAUGAGAAAUCCAAAAGUCCUGAGCAGACCUCUGGUCAGCCAAAGGGAAGAUGGGCUGAGAGAUCAGAACAGAAAACUAUACUAGCACAGAUUGAUGGAAAGAAGGUGGAAAUUAAUACUAAAAUUGACCGAAACAUACGGAAAUUACCACCUGGUGAUGAUGAAGAGGAUGAUAUCCCCAACAUUAGGAGGGAGACCAUGGUUAUGUCACACCCAGAAAAUACCCCAAGGAAGAUACCAGUUAUAUUUGAUGAUGAGAGUAACCAAGGUGAGGACGAUGAAGAUUUCUUCCCAUCAUUCCACAGAGAAGAUGACAGCCAUACCACAUGGGACGAGACAACCAUUGCAAGAAGUGACAGUAUGGAUGAGAUACAAGACGGAGAUGUUAUAUAUCUACCGAGUGAAGAUACAUCCAGUACUAAUGAAAGUGCUUUCACAAUAUAUCCUGGAUUAGGAGAGAACAGGAGACGUAGUCUGACUAACAAGAGUCAAGAUGCAGAAUCAGACAUGACAGAUCCUGUAUCAUUAGAAGACAUCGAUAAUGAAAAUGAUAAUGAUUCAUUCCCAUCAAACCCAGUUACUCCCUCAGAUGAAGGAUUUCAGAAAACACAGAACAGGGAAAAGUUCAUGCAGGAUACCUUUGAAAACUUGGCAUUUUCUCCAAUCCCAAAAGACAGAUUUGAAAGAAGUUUGGAAGACUUGGAGAAACAGAAAGGAGAACAGCCAGAUCUCAGAAUGAGCUUAUCUGCAAGAUUUCAGUCUAAAAAUCCAAAGAGUAUGGCUGUGCAACAGAAGUCGGACAAUUGGUAUGAUUCUUUUCAAAGAAGAAAAUCUGAAAUGGCUCGUACUGUUGAUGAAACCAGGAAGAAAAUUGAAGCUAUGGCAUGGAAGGAUGAAAGUCCAGAAUCAGAACAUGUGGAGAGUGCCCUGUCAUCACCUUGUCAUGAUACAAAAGUGACAAACAGCUUCUUGCCAAAGGAAGAGGACACUCAUAAACGCCCAAGAACACCAAACACUUUACGCAUGAGUUGGUCAAACUUUGACCUGCCAAAGCAACCAAUCAUAGAAGAGAAAAUGCCUCCAUUCAAAAGUAGAUCCACGCCUAGCACGCCUAUCAGAAAAAGCAUCGGAUCUCCAGCUUGGGAUAGAGAUUCAGAAACAGGAAGUGAAACGUCCAGUUCUGGGCAAAGCACGAAAUCCGACAAGAGGUCAUCAAGACCAUCUACCCUACGCUUAGGAAGAUCAGAAAGUUCUAAAACACUGAAUGAAACACCUAAGCGUGAACUGAGAUCUCAAUCACAAAGUGGACCCAGUACUCAUCGUUACAUGAAAAAGACUGAAAGUUCGAAAGCCAAAAUAAGCAAAACACCAUCGUCUACAAAUAUUAUAAAUACCCCCAAAAGUAGUGAAUUAUCUGAUAGUUCAGACACUUCAAAAUCAAAGGGACCAGUGGCCAAAAGGAGAAGUAAUUUUAUAAAGAAAAAAGGAUUUCAUGCUUCAUCGCCUAAUUUGAUGGAUAUAGAUGUUGAAUCAAGGGGGAGUAAAUCAAAUCUAUUGUCGUCUGCUCGUCUUAAUUUGUCUAGUAGCACACCUGAUUUGUUAGAUAUAGAUACGCCACCUUCAAGAUACUCUACAGGUACACCUAAACGACCUCCAAGGUCAUCAUCAUCCUCUCGCGGUGAAGGCAGUGUGUUGAAAGGUAGUGGUAGGUUGUCGUUGCCUGCUAAUCCACCCAAAGAAUCGGCAAAAUCAAAAUAUUCGAAAAAUGAUAAAGACUUAAUGCCACCUCCUCAAACAUUGCCAUCAAAAUUAAAAGAACAAGCGAAAAAUGCAAAACAAGAUAUUUUCUUAAAAAGGGCGACUUUGGCAAAGAGGCAGAACUCUAAUGAUUUGACUUUAGACCAGGCUAAAAGUAUACUCAUGGGCAAGUCUGGUAUAUUAGAAGAUAAAAAAUCAAAAGAAACUGAUGUCACCGUUGACAAUGUUCGAGAGACUCGUUCUAACUCUAAAUUCCCUUCACAUUCCAAUUCUUCUACAUAUCCAGAAUUUUCAUCGAACCAGGAUCAUUUAAGUGAUCCCAAAUUAGUGGGUAUAGCUACUGAAAUAGAGACAACAGUGUCAGAAUUACGGAGAAAGAGUAUAAUUGACCAAGCUUUUCAGAAUUUAACCGAUUUAGAUGCUAGUCCUUAUGAUAUUCCAGAAAGGGAUAGUUCACCAAGACAAUUGAAAUUUAGUAAUUCCCCUGAUUCUCAAGACAAUAUUCCUGCUAAUUCUUCAUCCCAUUCCAAAGAUAAUAGUGCUAUUAAUUCAUCAAAAGAUUCCAAUACAGGACUGUCAGAAGAGGACAUUUCUUUAGGUGUACGUGAACGUAUUGCCAUGUUAAAUGCUCAUUCUUCUCCACGGUCUGAUGGUUCGUCUCCGAGAUGUUCUAGUCCACGAAUAACUAUUUCUACUAAAAUAAACCUAAAUUCUUCUACAAAACAUCAAACAAAAACAGUAUCUAACAGUCAUUCAGACUCGACAAAUUUGAGUCAGCCAGCAGGCUUAAAUCUGAGUCCACCUAAUUCGUCUGGAAUUGGUUCCAGUUUGGAUUCGGACACAGCAGCUAAGAUGUUUUCAUCAAGUGAAGCCCUUAGUCCACCUAGUUGUAACGAUGAGAUCUCAGAUAAAACAGAAUCAACUAUUACCAUAUCAGAGAAAUCCAUUGACCUUGUAGAAAUCUUGAAAAAGGUUCAAUUGUUAGAAAAAAGGGUAACAUUUUUAGAAGAGGAGGGAGAAAAGAAAGAUGAAAGAAUAGGUCACUUAGAAGCUCAGAUCAGACAGUUUAUAGAUAAUUGAUACUGAAACAAGAAAUUCAACCUUGGAGGAUGCAGCUGCAGUACCAGCACUGAUUAUGGUUGCCAUGGAAACGAAAGAUGCAGAGAGAUUAUCACUAAAUAUAAAACUAGCUAUUACAGAGGACACAAGUAUCAUAAAAAAAGAAAUUUUGUAAAUCUGGGCAUUGAUUGUUUUGAAAGGCUUACCAUAAACCUAGUCCUGAAGAUAUAAUAUCUUUUAAAGUUAAUUCUGUAUCUGUCUGAUUGGUUUCCAAUAUACCAAAACUUGUUUAGAGAGAAAAUUAAAAUUAAAUGAUGCAUGAUAUUUUGGAAAAUCAUUUUUAAAUUUUGCUUUCAGUUUUUGGAGGUUGUUAACUUGGAUUUUACCGUAUGUGCUUCCUUUUUGCAGUGGUUAAUUGCAAAUAUGCUUGUUGAGUAUUGCUUGAGUCCUCAAAACUUUCAGAAAACUUAUUUUGUAUCUAUAAACAAAUUUGCAUGCAAAACAUACUAACAGAAGUUAUCUUCUUGUCAAGAAAAGAUAAGAACAAGUUCACAGCAAUUUAUUUUCACUUCACAUUUCGUCUUUAGAUCAGGUAAAAAUAGAUUGAUUGUGAAUAACAUUCAUAAAAUAAAUGAAAUGCUACUGAAGACAAAUGAUUGUCUGGGAUGGAGGGGGUCUUCAUCUCUCUUAUCUUCAAAUGUCAAGGCAAUAUUAAUUUAUUUAAUUUUUGGCCGAUUAUUCUCUAUUCUGUAAUCCCCAUGCAUACCCUCACAAAUGCUCUUACUGUUAUCCUAAAUAAAGGUGAGAGCAGGCUUUUUCCUUGAUCUAGUUCCAUGUCAAUUCUAGUAUGAACUUUUACUAGGAAAGCUGGUAGUGUCCAGCUUUUUCAUUUCCUAAUUGACCAUUGUCUUUAUAUUUUCCUAUAUGUGCCAAAUAAUUUUUGCUUGAUACAAUUUUUAUUGAUUGCACUAACGACAUUCCAGAGAUUAAUGGCAACUACAGAAUUUUUUGUUUGCAAUGUGUACCAGUGAAUUGUUUUUGUAAAACUAAUACAUAAAAUGUCCUUAAUCAGUUGUGUAUUGCACACUUAUAUUGUAUAUUUUUGUAAAUAAUGGGAAUUUUAUGAGAUUAUGAUGUAUAUUUAAUUGAUUUGUUGUCUUGCCAAUCGUAGUAGUAGGGAAAUAGAUCUGUUCAUGAUUUAGAUAAAGUUGUCUUGUAAAGAUGGAUAACAUAGCCAUAGGGUCACAUCAGAUAGAAACUUAAUUAAUUAUUAGAUUUUUGCUACACUAUUUUUUUUUUCAAUAAUAAUUUUUCUCAAGUCCAAGCAUUCUACCACAAUUAAUGCUGGGUUUGAAAAUUUCAAUGAAAAUUACAGAUUUUGCACAUAAAAUUGUGCAUUGCUAAGAAAUAUUUACUAUUGCCCUUAAUGUAACAAUUCUGUUUUGAAAUAAGGUAAAUUCUGUAUUACAUUUGAGCACAUUCUAUUUUCAAAAAAAAAUAAAAAUUUUAAAUAACAACUGCAUACAUUUAAUUUUUUCCCAAAUUCACUAUUUGAUGUGGCCUAGUUUGAGUUCUAACAUUUUAUUUCUUAUUGGGUUGAUGUCUAAUUGGCAUUUACCCUACAACUUCUUUUAGUAGACUUUUUUCAUGAUACUGAAUUUUAACUCCAUAUGGUACUUUUUUUCAACAGGUACUCCGUUAGAUUCCUACUUUGUUAGUUUCUGUAAAAACAAUUAUUUAGACAGUAGCCAACUGAAAAGGUGUUCAAGUGUUUUUGUGAGAUUUACAGCCAAUCGAAACAUAGCACAAGGACAACAAUGUCCAACCUCAAGGGAAGUAACUCCUUUAUUAUAGAAAUGAUAAAAUCUAAAAACUAAAUCAAUAAUAUUAAAAAGGACUUUUACCUAUAAUGCAUGUAUAUAUAGUACAUUUGUAGUUAGAAAUGACAUACUGUGGAUUCAUUUAUUUUCGUGGGUACCAAUUUUCGUGGUUUUAGGAAAACUUGCAUAUUCAUGGAUAUUUAAUUUUGGUUUUGGCAAAGUAUACAUACAUUCCUUUAGAAAUCUGUUAUUCGUUGAAUAUUGAAAUUCGUGGUUCCUCUGUACCCACGAAAGCCACGAAAAUUGGUAUCCAACGAAUAUUAAUGAAUCCACAAUACUGUGGAUUCAUUAUCAUUUGUGGGAUAUUAAUUGUCUUAGAUUUCCUAGGUAAAAUUGGUCCCCAAAUUUGAAUUUUCGAAGAAUUACAAAUUUACUGUAGGCUAUUUAUAAAACAAGAAAUCAAACAACCAUUGAAAUAGGCAUUUUCCUAAUCCACGAAAAAUUGGUAUCCCUUAAAAUGAACAAAUCCACAAUAACUUAUCUUAAUGAACAUGCAAUUGAUUACCUCAUUUGUGCAAAAUUAGGUUUGUGAAACUAUUGUAAAUAAUUUUAUUCUGUACUUUUACUAAAGGGAGAUAAAUGGGUUAGUG